AUGUUCUCAUUGGGGCACCUCAGCAUAUUCGGGAAAACGCUUACUCAAUAUGCAAAUGGAAUUGAAAGUACAAAUUUGCCAACUAAUUUUCAUCAUCAACUAGAAGUGCAACAAGAAUUACCAAAAUCUGAUGCAGAGUUUAAUCCAAUGCGAAACUAUUUAUGCCAUAGCGAUAUUACGGAUUUAAGACCCACUUCACAGUUGACAAAAAUUAAUCCCAAAGUGACGUGGGAAAAAUUUAUCUUGGAUACAUAUCCUAACCAUAAAAUAUCAGAAAAAUGGGAAGAAUUAAUACAAGGUUUUUUUAAGCCAAAAAAUACCCUAACCGAAUGGGAGAAAGCCUGGCGCAGACUUUUUGACGAAAAAGAAAGUAGUGAAGAUCUGGUGAUAAAAGAUACUUUAUACAAUAUGCUCUCUCCAAAUAUUGAAGCUUUUAAAGCACCGUUUAAUAUACUAAAGUCUGGUGAUUUGGAGGAAAAUCAAUAUAAUUCACAAUUUGUAAAUCCCAUUUUAAAAAAUACGCUCAAUGCUAUUUGUAGUAUGGAUUGGAGAAUUUUGAGUGCGAAACGUGCGGAUGGUUGGCGCGUCGAUGGCGAAACAUUCGUGUAUGAACAGACAGGAGGACCAGAUGUUGAUGAUGUUACCGAUUUUUACGUCCAAGAUUAUAAAUUGGGGCGAACCAUGCGUGAUGUUUUAAAUCAACGAAUUAUUCUUCGGCUCAAUGAUAGUAUAAAAGAUUGCGACAACUUGGCUAGUUUCGGUGCUCUGGGUCAUCGUGAUGAAGUAUCUCUGUUUUGGUGCAUGAUACACCAAAGAUCUUAUUGUUUACGUAGCUUUCGCAUACCCACAAUAUGGCAAGAUCUUCCCGUUCUAUCCGAGGCAGUAAUAACAUGCUUGAAGUUUUUUGUGAGUGCCACUAAAUAUGAUUCUACUUCACUUUACAUUGUUCCUUGUUAUUAA